AUGGAGGGUAAAAAGGUCGAGCAGUUUUAUACUCCGCCGCCGAAGCUUGGCAAAUGGGAGGGUUUUAGGGUCUUUCUAUGGAACUCCGAGACUGGACAGUUCCUGGGGCGCACAGGCGCUAGUUGGGCUUCUGCCAACAGAUUAGGAAAAUGUUAUGUUGGUUGCUUGUUUCUCUAUAAAUUCUUUAAUAAACGAAAAGUACGUUGUUAUCCUUUGCGACUGGAGGACGGAAAUAUUCAAAGUAACUUUUUAAAAUAACUCUCGUUAAUUUGUUACUUGUCUUAUAGUUAUGUAG